CUAUUAUUAUAGAUGUAGCUUAAACGUACCAUAAUUUUUUAAUAGAUUAAAUAACUAACUAUAAAUUGAAUUUUUUAAGCGUCUACUUAAUUAACCAAUAUUUCCAGAAAUAAAGACUUUUUCUAACUUUGAGCCGAACAAAGUUACGUAGAGGCGUAGAGCAUUUGUCCUCUUCCACUGAAAACACACAUAAGCAACAGAAAAAGUCUACAGACGAAAAUUGAGUACUACAUAUUCUAAUUGAAGGACGAAACAGAGUAAAACCAGCUCAAAAAAUGGCUGAGGAGAGCUCAGUAAAGCUACAUGGUAUGUGGGCAAGUCCCUUUGUUUUGAGAGUAAAACUUGGUCUCCAAAUUAAGGGCAUAAAAUAUGAUUAUAUAGAGGAAGAUCUUGACAACAAAAGUGAGUUGCUGCUGCAAUACAAUCCAGUGUAUAAGAAAGUUCCAGUACUUGUUCACAAUGGCCGUCCUAUUUCUGAGUCUUCUGUCAUUCUUGAAUAUAUCGACGAGGCUUGGCCUGCUGCCCCGUAUUUGCUUCCUAAGGAUCCCUAUGAAAAGGCCAAGCAUCGCUUUUGGGCCGCCUACUUCCAACAGAUAUCGGAAGGUUUGGCAAAAACAAUGAUGACAGAAGGUAAACUAACAGAGGAGACACUGAAAGAGUUUUGGAACAAACUGGAUAUAGCUGAAGAAUUACUGAAAAAAGAGAUGUUUUCAAAUGGAUGCCCAUCCUUCAAAGAUGAAAUGCCAGGAUUCUUGGAUAUAACGUUGUAUGCUUACUAUGGAACAUCUGAUAUGUCAAAAGAUUUGUUUGGUGUUGAGGUUCUACCUUCAGAUCGGUUUCCUUUAAUAACAUCAUGGAUAAAGGCACUAAGUGAAGUUCCUCUUGUAAAACAGGCGGGUCCACCAAAGGAUAAGAUGCUUCAACAUCUGAAGUUUUUAUUCCAGCAUUACCUACCACCUAAGGCCUAACUUUACGUAUGGGUCCAUAUUAGUCUUAUUUUACUAUGUUGUUUGAAUAAUGUUUACUAUGGUACAUGAGUUCAAUAACAAUCAUGUUGUAACUUGUAUGGUUGCUAAUAAUUGGUAUGUAGAACCUCGUUGAGGGUAAAUUCUCUUAAACUAAUUGAUGGAUGUGUUGUAUAUGGGGCCUUGAAUUUUGAUAUUCAUGCAUAGACAUUUGGGAGUGUAAGGAGUAAGUAUGGAGUGUUGUUUGGGAAAUAAUAUGGUGUCAAAUAGGUAGAGAUGAUCAUUGGUAGGGUAUAAUUAAAUCUAGACUCAGAUAUGGAUUUAUUAUGUUUUUUGUGGUCUUAGAUUCAGAUCCAGAUCACUAGCAAAUAACUAUUUAAGAU